AUGGAGGUCCAUGGCUCCGGACUCCGGCGAAUUCUGUUGCUGGCAUUGUGCGUCUCCGGGAUCUGGUCCGCCUACAUCUACCAAGGCGUUCUUCAGGAAACUCUGUCCACGAAGAGAUUCGGUCCAGAUGAGAAGAGGUUCGAGCACCUCGCGUUCUUGAACUUGGCUCAAAGUGUAGUCUGCUUGGUCUGGUCUUAUAUAAUGAUUAAGCUGUGGUCAAAGGCCAGUAACGGUGGAGCACCAUGGUGGACGUAUUGGAGUGCCGGCAUUACUAAUACGAUUGGUCCUGCCAUGGGAAUUGAAGCCUUGAAGUAUAUUAGUUAUCCGGCUCAGGUCCUGGCAAAAUCUUCAAAAAUGAUUCCAGUCAUGUUGAUGGGAACGCUAGUUUACGGAAUAAGAUACACUUUCCCUGAGUACAUUUGCACUUUUCUUGUCGCCGGAGGAGUAGCCAUCUUUGCUCUUCUUAAGACAAGCUCUAAGACAAUUAGCAAGCUGGCACAUCCAAAUGCUCCCCUUGGCUACGCACUUUGCUUCUUAAACCUCGCCUUUGACGGAUUCACAAACGCCACACAAGACUCCAUUGCCUCAAGGUACCCAAAAACAGAAGCGUGGGACAUAAUGCUGGGAAUGAACUUAUGGGGUACAAUAUACAACGUGAUCUACAUGUUUGCAUUACCACAAGGGAUCGGAUUCGAAGCGUAUGAGUUCUGUAAGCAGCACCCGGAAGCGGCUUGGGACAUUCUAAAAUACUGUCUAUGCGGUGCCGUGGGACAAAACUUCAUCUUUAUGACGAUUAGUAACUUCGGGUCACUAGCUAACACGACCAUAACCACUACCAGGAAGUUUGUUAGCAUCGUUGUGUCAUCAGUAAUGAGCGGGAAUCCAUUGUCGUUGAAGCAAUGGGGUUGUGUUUCAAUGGUGUUUGGUGGUUUGUCGUAUCAGAUUUUCCUUAAAUGGAGGAAGACGAAAAAGGUGGAGAAGAAGAAGCAAAAGAGUUGA